UUUCCACCACUCAAUGGAUAACGUCUUCCUCUUUGCAAAGAACUCGUGUAUUUUGCUUUCUGGGAGAACAAGCAAUCAUGGCUUUCCUUUUUCUGUUGUAUCUUUUUUUCUGUGUUUGUACAGAACCUGUGAAGACUCAAUCUACAAAAAGAAUUCUAAUAGGAGGGAUUUUCAGAAACAUCUCAAAUGCAGAGUCGGAUUAUGAAGGUUUCAGAACUGCUAUCGAUUAUAUUAACGAGGUUGAGAAGCAGAAAAAUAGCAUGAUCAGAUUUGAAGGGAUUGUGGAAUUUACUGAUAGCGAUGAAGACUUAGACAAUGUGCUGAAAGGUCUAGCUAUUAGCCUCGUAGACCGAGGAGCAGUAGCCAUCAUAGGACCAAACGAAGUGAUCCAUAUUGAAGCGAUCCAAAGACUCUGUCCACAACUACGAACACCACAGCUUGCGCCCUUUGCCAGCGGUCUUACCCAAUCAUUUAAUCCUUGUGACUUCGAGUAUAUACUGCGCAUGAGCCCAAGCGAUGAUUUGCUGUGCAAUGUGGCCGCAGACGUCGUGAAGUAUUUCAAGUGGACUAAAGUAGCAGUUCUUGCGUCUAGAGAUAAUGAAGGUCGUGAAGCACUUGGUUCGUUUAGAGACUUCCUUGAAGAUCGCCGCAUCAAGUUAUUGCAGUCUGAGCUCUUCAUCGUUGACCCCGAUGACAAUACAAUGCACCACGAGAUACGAAGAGUUCUUGAUUCAAUCCUGAAAGCUGAAGCUAGGAUUAUCGUGGUGAGGUGCAGGUCAUCGGUGAUCAGAAAGGUGUUACAGGAAGCAGAGAACAAGGAUAUGUUGAAGGAGUACGCGUGGAUUUGGCUCGUGAACAACUUCGAGAAGGAACAUUUAUUCCCUGGAGGACAGAUGUCUCAUGAAUUAAAGGGAUUGAUUGGAGUAAGACAAGCAAUAGGCCAUGGUCCUCUGGGUGAAGCCAUCAAUGAAUACUAUUAUAAAAAUAGAAGAAUCGCAAUUACAAAGCCAUCUGUCGGACGUAUCAUCGAUUCAGUGCUAGUCGUAGCCAAAGCUGUCCGAAAUGCUUUGCAAGAUGGGUUCCAGAUAUCAAGUGACAAGAGAUCAGGGCGGAUUUGUAACAAGUCAAUGGACAUCGUUGAUGACGGAGGCCAAGGCGCGAUCCUCAGCUCGUACCUAAGACAGGUUACGAUGUAUGGCUUUAUGGGGAAUAUUAGCUUUGAUAAAGGAGCACAAAAGUCGGGCAUUUAUGACGUCGUUAAUUUCCAUGACAACAGCAUCACCAAGAUUGGUUUAUGGAAUACGAAUGAAAAACUCAAGAUGUUCAAAAACAAAACGAUCAUUUGGAACAGCGAUAGCUCUUAUGUCCCACGUGACUCUAUCAAUACUCUCAAGAACAAGAUCCUCACAGUUGUGACAUCCAUGAGUUCUCCUUUUACCAUGUUAAAGCUUGACAACGUGACAGGGGGAGUAAGAGGACGCCCUGAAUUCGAAGGAGCCGCUAUUGACAUACUGGACAAGCUGAAAGAGGCCCUCCAUUUCGACUACGUCAUCUAUAAGUCACCUGAUGGUACAGUAGGGAACUUUAACAGUCGGACAGGUCGAUGGAACGGAGCUAUUGGGGAGCUUUUGAACGAGACGGCAGACCUCGCUAUUGGUCCGAUCACCAUCUCCUCACGACGAUCUAAAGUGGUCGUCUUUACACAGCCAUACAUGACCACUGGCCUUGGUGUUAUCAUGGCAACGGAAGAAGGCGACCCUUCCUUUUUCGGUUUUCUCAAGCCGUUCUCUGUUCACCUUUGGAUAGUGAUUAUUGGGGCUGUCUUGGGCAUGGCUGUUGUUAGUUUUGUGUUUAGUCUACUGAGUCCUUAUGGUUUUUACGGCAGAUGUGUACAGUCCACCAGUAACGAGGUAAAAGCAUCGCACCUUGAGACCCAAUACAACCUUAGUCUGUUAAACUCUAUUUGGUCAUCGACAGCCUAUUAUCUGGGUCAGGGUCCAGACGGGCUUCACCCCAUUUCUGCAUCAGGACGAGCAGCCAUUGCGGUGUGGUGGUUCUGUAUAACCAUCCUGACAUCAACUUAUACGGCUAACCUGGCGGCGUACUUGACGACCAAUCGUAUGCAGACACCUAUUGCGCAUGUCAAUGAUCUGUCGGAACAAAAUGAGAUUGACUAUGGUCUUAUUGAAAACAGCCAAACACAGAGGUUUUUUGAGGAUUCGCGUCUGUCAAGAUAUCUCAUCAUGUGGGAAUACAUGAAGCUUCGACGCGCCCUGGUUUCUAACACGUCAUCGGGUAUACAGAGAGUAUUGAAGGGCAAAUACGCGUUCAUCCAUGACGCACCAGUGUUGCAGUACCAGGCAAGAAAGAACUACUGCGGUCAUAUCAAGCUUAUUGGAGGAUUCGAUGAAAAAACCAUAGGAAAAAUGAGUUAUGGGUUUGCUUUACCUAAGGGCUCUCCGUAUCGUCUUCUUAUCAAUAUUGAACUGCUAAAGUUGCAACAGAAAGGAGUUAUUAAAAAAAUAAUCAAGAAAUGGAUGAUUGACAAAACCCCUUGUUCUCUGCUGGAUGAUGCCGAUCUUCAUGAGGAAUCGAAAACAGACGCCUACAGGAUGGGCUUGAUGAACAUGCUUGGAGUGUUCAUAUUCAUGCUCGCGGGUGUGGUCAUUGGAUUAAUCUUUUUGAUCAUCGAAUGGUGGGCUGCGGCAGUGGGAGAUUCAAAGAGGGCCAUGAGACAUCUUCCCUUCAUGCGCGCAAUUCAGAACCGCUUAAGCAGUUUCUUCAAACAUGUGAAAAACCCUGAAACGAAGAAAUUAGACCUAAGCCACCCAAGAUCAGCGACAAGAUCAACCCAGACGAAAAAUCCAUCGGAAAAAACGAGCAUGCACUAUGAUCACCUUCAUGAUCGGUACCGUCCAGUUACCCAGGCUAUUGCUCCUUCCAAGGCGACCGGUGUUCCCAGGAAGCUAGUUAAGGGAAUGAGAGCUAAUAAACCGAGACCUAAACUUCAAUCAAUGGUUGUUUCUCCUUCAAUGAAGGCGACAAAGAGGUGGCCAAGUACUGAAUUGUAAAGAUGAGUCGCACAGGUAGCUGAAUGGAAGCACAAUUUUCAUUGAAAUCGCUGCGCGCAAGGCCUCCGUAUCCUAGAUGUCUUAUAAGUAGCUUCGUGAUGCUUCAAGAGUUAGUGGCAACUUAAGUGCCAUAUUGGAAUUCUGCGCGCAAAGCCUCCAGGAUGUCUAAGUACCUCAAUUUGCCGAUAACCAUUGUCGUUCCCAGUGCAUCCAAGAAUUGAGCGCUGAGGAGGCACUGGAAACGAGGUAGAGUUGGGCUCAGGUCAGUCGUUAACUUUUUUUUCGUGAUAGCUAUAGGCUGUCUACAGUUACAUUAGAUUAGGAGCAUUAUGGUAAGGACACAAGCUAAAGCCAUUUCCCGCAACCACGAACGAUUGCGCCGUUGUCGCCACCACAAAAAUAGAUUUAAGCCCUCCUCCUAAAGCGUUGCGCACAAUUAGUUUCAUCCCGACUUAGUACGUCAAACUCGAAUUUACUUUGGUUGUCAGAAACUUUUACUACCGAUAUCGCUCUAAAAUCUUGUUGCGCGUUGAAGUUGUAGCUUGUAUCCAUGCCUUUAGAGUUCAAUGUAGACGUAUUCAACCGCACUGAAGUAACGUAACACCCUGCAAAUACGAAUGGGCACCUUUUAUUUCAACACUUAUAUUCUUAUACAUAAACUUCAUUCCGAGAUUAUAGUAUUUCCACAAGUUUUUCUGCACACAAAGCGAAAAAACUUCCACAGUACAAUGAUCUUAAAAAACUUUUUGCAACAAAGUUACAUUGCAAACAGUUGUUUAAUGAAAUCGUAAUAGAUUCUAUCUUUCUCAUUCGUUUUCCUAUUUUUCCCUGUAAAUUAUAAAACAUGUACAUCAUCGUUACCUACGCAUUACUCACGUCUUUAUUUUUCUAGCUUCAUUAAGUGAAAUAAAAAAGCUCCAAGUAUCUGAACAUAAUACAUCAUUUUCAUUGUUAGGCGACCAUUAUGUCACACGUGCUGUUUAAAGUUAAGCUCGCUGUUAGGUUCCUACGCAGCCGUGACAGAUUCUAAGGAAGGCUGUGUUGACUAAAAGCCGCUGUAAAAGAAGUGUGUUCAAGUCAUAAAAACGAGGCUAAUAGGUUAAUAACUGAUCAACCACUGGUCAUGGCAACUAACUAUAUUACCUUCCUUUCCAGACGUCUGGAUUAUACUAUGCUUUCUACUAAUCAAAAUUUCAGCGUUAUUUUUGAUAAUCGUUUAUUGUCUGAAAUUUGUCAUACGAUGCCGGUUGCCUUAGUCGAAUAAUUAUGAAAAUUCCUGUAAAAGAAAAAAUAAUAUUUUUCAUGCAUUUUGGGAAGAUUGCUUAACUAAAUUACUAAAAAACAUCUAAAAUCUCGAUGAACCGAAAGCGGACAAUUUACAAAUUAUUUAACUUUCAAUUCCAUCUAAAAAUUAUACAUUUCGAUAUUGUUAGUAUUUUGACAUAUUUUCACCUACGGAGUUAAUUCAGGAUUCGUACCAAACAAAAUUCCAAAAGUUUUCGAAGAUUCUCAGUGAAAAUAUUUUCAGAUGUCCUGGAAUUCCAAGAUCAAUAGGAAAAAAUCCUGGAAUUUCAAGAUUAAUGCGAACCCUGUUUUUACAUUGUUAUAGUUCUAGUAAAUUUUUGAGCCAACUAUAAAUGAAUCCACAGCUACACUGGUCAUAAGUCGCCAAGGAAAAGAAUUGAUAAAGAGGGCAUAACAGCCGUGAAUCUUUGGGGUAAAAUACGAAAAUAUAGACAACUGGUAAAGUUACUUGAACAGAGUCCCUGACUUAGGGUCAGGAAUGUCUCGAUUCUGGGGUUACACGAUUUUCAUUCCCUACAUUCUACCUUUUCCCACCUUGUUAAGCUCCCCUCAACUUCCCCCUGGUAGUUCAUGACCAGCAAAGGUGGGGUUUCACUAGCGACGUAACCGAAAUCGAAGACAGAAGCAGCUUAUGAAGAAGUAAAAAUCAGAAAACGCUUGGCUUGUGCUUAUGCUAAUGACUAGCGGUUUUCACUUGCAAGUUCAUGGAAGUCCCUAUAAUCCAGACUCCGAUUCCUUCGCAAGUGUAAACCAGUCUUUUAAAAAGGCAUACGAAUAAGCGACUUUCGCUGUCACAAAUCAUUGGUAUAGGAUACUGUGCUGUCCAAAGUUUUGUAGAUCUGCAGUCUACUGAACUUACUAAUUUGUGCAAAUUCGUGCAAUUCCUUAAAGUUUUUCAUGGAUAUAUGGUAUGCACUCCGCCGUGCUGUUCAAAAUACGGUUAAAAAUUCACGUCAUCAAAUUAAAAAGAUUUCAAAUUAGCCUACCGCGAUUCUUAAAAACUCACUUCUUUUUCAAGAAUCGUCGAUAUUUAGGAUCAAAUUCGCGGUAUGUCCUCAUCGUAGAUUAAUCUCACUUUGAAGAAUACGAUAUAUCGGCAUGAAUCAAAAGUUAGAUUUUGGGCUGACUAUAUAGCUAAUAAAAUGUUCUACUAGCUAUAGGGCAACUGAUGCUUGCAUCUCAUAGCAAAAACUAGUCUAAUCUCGAAAAAGCUACAAUUGAUAAAUAGAAAAACGAUCUUUGUACAGGAUUUCUUUGUUUUUACACUAAGAGGGCGCGGAUGUUUUUAGGCGUCG